ACGGCGUAACGGUCGAAGGCGACCCGCUGCCCGCUCCGCCUCUUGCGGUUGAACAUCCUUCGAUAUGUUGCGUUUAAAACAACCAAAUGUCGUUUCAGCUGUGACUCUGCUGGUCGCCACGGAAACUGAGGGCUGAUUUUAAGACCGACUGGAUGAUAAAACAGGAUUUGGAGAGCCGUCCUGACCGCUAAGAUGAGGCGUCUGUCCAGAAGGAAAGCCCUAAGUCUGGUGAGGGAGCUGGACGCCUUCCCCAAAGUGGCCGACAGCUACGUGGAAACGUCUGCAUCCGGGGGGACAGUGUCCAUCAUAGCGUUCAGCGCCAUGGCGGUUCUGGCCAUCUUGGAGUUCUUUGUUUACCGAGACACUUGGAUGAAGUAUGAAUAUGAAGUUGACAAGGAUUUUUCCAGUAAACUAAGAAUAAACGUGGACGUCACAGUAGCAAUGAAAUGCCAGCAUGUGGGAGCAGACAUCUUGGAUCUGGCAGAAACAAUGAUCACAUCCAACGGCCUGCAGUACGAACCUGUUAUUUUUGAAUUAUCCCCACAACAGAGGCUGUGGCAAAGGACGCUGCAUCUCCUUCAGAGCAGGCUGAGGGAGGAGCACGCUCUGCAGGAGGUUCUGUACAAAACGCUGCUGCAGGGAGCGCCCACCGCUCUGCCGCCUCGGGAGGACGCUCCCAACGAGCCGCUCACCGCCUGCAGGAUUCACGGACACGCUUACGUCAAUAAGGUGGCAGGAAACCUGCACAUCACUGUCGGAAAGCCGAUUCACCAUCCGCAGGGCCACGCUCACAUCGCUGCUUUUGUGAGUCAUGAGGCGUACAACUUCUCCCAUCGAAUUGACCAUUUGUCUUUCGGCGAAGAGGUUCCAGGCUUAAUCAAUCCUCUGGACGGCACCGAGAAAAUCACCUACAACAAUAACCAGAUGUACCAAUACUUCAUCACAGUGGUUCCCACCAAGCUGAACACACACGUGAUCUCCGCAGACACACACCAGUUCUCUGUGACGGAGCGAGAGCGGGUGAUCAACCACGCGGCGGGCAGUCACGGUGUCUCUGGGAUCUUCGUGAAGUACGACACCAGCUCCCUGAUGGUGACGGUGAGCGAGCAGCACAUGGCGCUGGGACGCUUCCUGGUGCGGCUCUGCGGCAUCGUCGGGGGAAUCUUCUCCACCACAGGGAUGCUUCACAGCCUGGUCGGGUUCUGCUUCGACAUCGUCUGCUGUCGCUUUAGACUCGGCGCCUACAGACCCAGACAGGAGCUGCAGCUGAAUAACCUGAACAAUCACCAAGUUCCUCUUCUGGGGGGAAACGCUGCGCUCUAGUCUCACUGUGAUCUAAAGACCUUCAUCUCUGGAAGAUGUUUGUUUCAGUAAAAUUCAUCUUCUUCUCUGCACUGCAGGUUAAAUAUCCCCGUGUAACUGCAUUAAUUGUGUUUUUAGUCUGUGUAAAUUUGAGUUUUAAUUGUUUAAAACAAUGUCUUACGUUUUGUUAUUUAAUAGAUUAAAAGAAUGCAAACAA